AUACUGAAAAUUGUUUAAGUGAGUGCUUCGCCAGUUUUGUUUUUACAGAAAACCCAAAUAAUUACAGUUUAAAGCCGUGAACUAUUAAAUUUGUAGAAUGCCGGCAUACCACUCGCAAAUCAAGGACUUUCGCCAACAGGUGGGCAAUAUGGCCAUCCUACCAUUGCGCACCCAGGUACGCGGACCAGCCCCAAGUACCAAUGUAGAGAGUGAUAUUAUUGAUGAGUCACUUUAUUUUUUUAAAGCAAAUGUAUUCUUUCGCACAUACGAAGUGAAGUCAGAAGUGGAUCGUGUACUCAUCUAUAUUACGCUGUAUAUAACCGAAUGUCUUAAAAGAUUGACCCGCUGCACCAGCAAAGCACAGGGUCAACAGGAGAUGUACAGCUUGGCCAUCUCCAAAUUCGAUAUACCCGGCGAGGCUGGUUUUCCAUUGAAUUCGGUCUACGCCAAGCCCCAGUCCGCCCAGGAUGCCGAUCUUAUGCGUCAGUAUUUGUUGCAGCUGCGUCACGAGACAGGCAAUCGGGUAGUGGAGAAGGUAUUUAGCACAGAGGAUGGCAAGCCAAACAAAUGGUGGACUUGCUUUGCCAAAAAGAAGUUUAUGGAGAAGAGCCUGGCCGGUCCAGGCCAGUAAAUUAAAAUGUAGCAAA